GUGAGUGCGCGGGGCUGGGGCGGGCGGCGGGGCCUGGCCUCGGGGUUGCGGCGCACCCGACGGCAGCGCGUGCCUUGGUUUCCCCGCCAGCCGGCUGUUCGCCUGUGUCCCCCUAGAGCCGGCGGACCGGGCGACCGCGAGGCUGGGGACGGGCGUGCGCGCGGCGGCGGACCCCGGGUGCCCUGCGGGGGGCGCGAUUUAAGGGCGAGCUGCGCGCGUCUGCCCGGGUCAGCGGGGUGGCCGCACCGAGCUGCUGACUCAUCAGGUGUCCGUCGGCUUCCGCGCGGGCGGGGUCGCGCGCGGGCCCACAGGGGAGGCGGCGGGGAGACCCUGCUGCGCGGCUUGGGCUCGCCACGCGGGUGCGAGCCCAGCGGAGACGUGCUGAGUCAUCAGCAUGAGGUCACUCGGUGCUCCUGCUGACGCUGGGCCAGGGCGGGGGGCCGGGGCCCGCUAUCGGCCGGUCUAGUCGGGAGACAGGGCUCGAUCCGGGUGGUGAAGGUCGGGCCGGGAUCCGGGGUCGUGUUUAAGUUUGACAGACCUGUGAGUUGGAGGCAAAGGCUCCGAAGGAGGCAUUGCAGGGGCGCGCCGCAGGUUUCUCCCGGGGUGGAAGGUAAAGCCCCGGGCGUGCGCAUCCUUGCCUGGUUCUUGGGCUCCUGGCCCGGGUCCCACAACUGGGGCAGUUCCCCAAACCCGGAGACCGAUCGGUGUACGCUGAGGGGAGGAGCUUAGGUGGGCCGAGCCAGCUCGUCUGGGAAGCAAGCUUUCCUUCUCUGUGACCCUGAAUGGCCAGGCUUCGUCGGUCCUAGAUGGGGAAGACCGGGAGGCAGGGGGAGAAGGGUCUGUGGCUUGAAAGAAGCUGGGGCAGCUCUAACCAGCUAAGGAGAGCAGAGUGUGGAUCUAGGCAGCUGGUGAGAGUUUUUGAGGUGCAACCAUGGAGUAGAAGAUGUAGUUUUAUUUAUCCCAAUGUUAUUCCUUUCAGAAGAGUUUGGGGUCCCACUGUUGCCUGGAGUUACCAAAAAGUGUGUGUGCCCUGUUGGGUGUCUGGAGACUCUUGGGAGGUGACAGUUUUGUGGGGUGUGGCUGAAUGGCUGUUUACUGACUUAUCUGUCGUGAAGGUUCUUGAACUCCAUCCUACUGCUUUCCUUGCCCAGGGAUUCAUGUCUAGACUGUGCUUACCUUGUGGUUUGUGCUAAGGGAUGUCCCCUUAACCCUGAGCCCUGAGGCUGCUCAUAGGUGCAGUGUUUUUUUCAUUUGGUGUGGAACUUGCCCUAUGAAACUUCAAGGUUCCAGAAAAUUGUUAAACUCCGGAGGCACUGUGCUUCAGUGAACUUAAUGUUUUCCGUUCUCUUCAAACAAUGUCAGUACCUGAAGGAGAGAAGACCUACGUAGGGGGUCUCCUGCAUUGAGGUUUACAGGCAAGGUUUAGCAAGGAAGGGUCACUAUCUUGCUUGAGACUAAUGUCCAGAUUGUCUAGUGUGAGAGGACAGAGGUGCCCAAACCCCUUCUUUAAGGGUCAGCCUGAAUGAGUGGUCCAGAGCCCCUUGGUGUCUUGAGUCUGUCCAUAACUGUGAGUACUUGGAGGGCUGAGUUGGAGGCAGCAGGUCCAGAUCAGCUUCUCUGAGCUUCUUCCUCAGGCUCUGGAAAGCUCUCUAAACUGUAUCCCUCAGCACAGCUGUCCCCCCCAGAACUGUCUGCCUAGUCACUGUGUCCCUAGGUUUGCAGAAGCCAGGCAGGUAGCUGGAAGAAUUGGCUUUCCUGAGACCUGCCCUUCCCCCUUAAGCACACAUGCGUAUAAACAUGUACACACACUCGCUCUAACACACACACAUUCUCUCUCUCUCUCUCUCUCUCUCUCUCUCUCUCUCUCUCUCUCUCUCUCUCUCUCUCUCUCUCUCUCUCUCUCUCGUGCACCUUUGAUCAGGAGGCAGUUGGCUGCACUUGUGCUGAGUUCAGGCCUUUGGUGGAGGUAAAAUCUGUUGAGAAGGCACUUUUCAGCUCCCAGCCGCCACACUCUGCACUUUCCUGUGCGAUCUCAGGAAGUCACCGUUUUGAGCUCAGCAGUCUGUAUAAGGGAAGCUCCUGCCAGGACUGUCCCCUCACCUCGACUUAUGCUCCUAGUGUGAGUAUAGGGCCAACUUGUAAGAAAGACAGAUGCCCUUCAGACCUCUAGAUCUGAGUUCUGCCUUUCUCUUUGAUCUAGCAGUACUGUUGCCUCUGAAAAUGCUCCUAAUCUAGUCCUGUAGAUUUAGUCCUGGUUUGCUUGCUCAGUGUUUGCAUGUAGCCACACCUCCUGUUCAAAGCUAAAAGCAGUAGGGUAAAGCUAAUGAGAAUGUGUUAGUUCCUUUGAUAAGAUGAACCAACUCCCCAUCCAGCACAUUUUUGCCUGAAGUGCUCACAGACCUGCAGCAACCUCACUUCCCUCAUUUCCCUGCACCUAACCUGGAAAGGAGAGGAUGUGCCUGUGGGACUGGUGGGUGUUGGGCUAAGUGGGGAUUCCCAGCCUAGGUACACAAGAAUGUCCUUGGCAAGGCUUUAGAAAGCUGAAAAUGAGGUUGAGCCCGGAGGGGCGGCUGACUGUAGGAGGGACCUGUUUUGCUUUUGUUCCCUGGCCCUGUGGUCACUGACCCUAGGCAGAGAGCCAAAGACCAGUCAGUGACCUGAAGGGGCUGGCUCUUGCCUGCUUCCAGCUAACAGUGCUCUUCCUCUGCUAAUUGUGGGAGCCCUUGUGAAACACCCUGUGUCGGGUGGGGCAAGAGUACAGGAUGCUGCAACCAAGCCACAGGAUGGUUACCCCAUCUGUAAAGGAGAUGGACGGGGAGGACUGGAGGGGCCUGGGCUCAGCUCCUCCCAGCCGGAUUGCCUGCUACCUGGAAGGGACAGGGCCUUCUGAAGCAGCCAAGCUCAGGUCAGAGUGCCUGCUCACUGUGUCCCCCGGGUUAUGACGACCCCCAAUAAAGGAAACAAGGCCUUAAAGGUGAAGCGGGAGCCAGGCGAGAAUGGCACCAGCUUGACCGACGAGGAGCUGGUAACCAUGUCGGUGCGAGAGUUGAACCAGCACCUGCGAGGCCUCUCCAAGGAAGAGAUCAUCCAGCUGAAGCAGCGGAGGCGCACACUGAAGAACCGGGGCUACGCGGCCAGCUGCCGCGUCAAGCGGGUGACACAGAAGGAGGAGCUGGAGAAGCAGAAGGCGGAGCUCCAGCAGGAGGUGGAGAAGCUGGCCUCGGAGAAUGCCAGCAUGAAGCUGGAGCUCGAUGCCCUGCGCUCCAAGUACGAGGCCCUGCAGAACUUUGCCAGGACCGUGGCCCGCAGCCCUGUGGCCCCAGCUCGGGGUCCCCUUGCUGCUGGCCUGGGGCCCCUGGUUCCUGGCAAGGUGGCUGCCACCAGCGUCAUCACAAUAGUAAAGUCCAAGACGGAUGCUCGGUCAUAGGGACACGUGCAGUUGCCAGGCAGGUCUUUGAGGGGCCACUAGGUGCGUGGCAGAGUUGGCAGCCCCGUCCCUCUUCCUUUCAUUUCCCUUCCUUUCUCCUCUCCCUUCCCUGUUUCCUUCCCUGCAAAGCACAACCUGCACCCAGGGGCACUGGGCUGAGCCCCUUGAUCAUCUUCGUUGUCACGCCUGUGUUUCGUACGUUGGGAUCAGCCAGUUCAACAGUGAUGUUGGGUUGCCCUUAACCCCUUUGUACCAAGGCCGUGCAGGCUAGGAGUCCAGAGUGGGCGCUGUGGGAGUGGACGAGAGUGCACGUGGGCAAGUGUACUGGUCUUGGGGCUGCCCUUGUCUCCCUGGUGGUCUGCAGUGGGAUUUGAGCGCUUUCCUUUCAGAAGUCCAGUGGGGCUCUCAGCUUAAUCCAGAAGGAAGAGAUGGGCUCUGCCCUGAAAAGUGGUUAUGUCUUGACGCCCCUGGGUGAAUAGGCCACCAGCCUGGGCACUGGGGCAGGAACCAUGGUGCUGGAGCCUGGCACAGUGCACCGGACAAGACCGAAUCGCCGGUUAUGAGUGUGGGUGGAAGGUGUGUCUGUGUGUCCGAUGGGUCCGGUGUCACUGUUUACAUGACCUAUUUGUGUGGUUAUAUAGCCCUUUAUUUAAAAGAGAAGUUCCUUUUACGGAGUUAUUAAAUUAUAUGUUUAAGAGCUAAAACGAAAAAAAAAAGCUGCAGAGUAUUUAUAAAAUUGUCUUAAAAAACAAAAACAAAAACAAAAAAAACAUUUGACCGUAUACAUGGAAAAGGGAAGAAAGUAUAGUAGAAACUUUGCUAGUUUAAAAAAAAAAUCCCUUUCUUGUAAACCUGGGGACAGCGCUGUGGCUGUUGGAGUUUAGUUUUUAUACACAGAGUUAUCAGACAUUACUUAUAAAACUUAGUUUAAAAAAAGAAAAAAAAAAAAAAGCCAAGCUGCGAGCCUACCGGAGGCCGUCCUCUUUGAUAUCUCUUUUGCAAUUGUACCGAAAGUGACUUACUCCUCUUCCCUUCCUGCUUCCGUCUUGCCGGUGCCGUGGUGUUGUCCGUGCCUGGUGAGGUUUUGUGCAGCCGUAAAGUGCUGGUGCUUCUGGUGACCUUUGACCUGUGGCUGUCCCUGUGUUUUGUGUGUGUGCGUAUUUGGGUUUUUUUUUUUUUUUUUUGGGUUUUGUUGUGGUUUUGCUUCUGCGGGCUUGCUGGACCUGGGCAGGAUGUACUCCCCUGGGGUACCGGGGCCUGCCUGCGGCUUACCUUCUGCUGCACUUCUCCAUUCCUCUGCCACGUGGUCCCUCUGAGCCUUUGCUUGGCAUUGUGGGUCUAGGGCUUGGGUUAAGGCAGUGGCAGAGUAAGUGAAGUUGGGAGCUAUCGGCCCCCCACGCUGCUUCCACAUCCACCACCUCUGGCCCUGGGUGGUGACAUUGCAGGGACCAAGGUGUCACUGUGGGUGCCCACAGGGCUGUGGCCUACCUGUCCUUGGCCGUCUUCCUUCUGGCCUCAGCUUAGUUCCUAUAGGCUUCGUUGGGGUCUCCGCCCCAGGGCCCUCCCUUGUGGGUUGGGAGACCUGUCACUCACGUGUUUCUGAAGCCCCGUUCUGUGGGGUGUUGUUUCCCAGGCAGAUUGGUCGGGGGCCCCACUGAGGGCAACCAUUCUUCCCUGUGUCACUGUGAGAGCCUGGAGGCCUCCACCAUCGCCAGACAAGGGCUUUGGCCCUAGGGCCAGGUCUGUUCUUCCCCAGUGUCCGCAGCUUUUGGCUCUGGGCCCUCACUCUGCCUCCUUCAGGAUCUGCGUCUUCCAGGGAUCCGCUGUUCGACUUGGAGGUGCUUCUCUGCAGGUUCCAAGCCUGCCUCCUCACCCCACCUUUCCAGUGGAGGCUGCCCACCUUCCAGGCUUGGCUCAGGAAGCUCCUCAUAAGCGGAUACCCACCUGCAAGAGGCUACAUCCCUGUGUGGGCGGUCACAUGGCCUCCUGCUGACAUAGCUGGUGUCUUCUCUGGGGCCCCUGGAUCCCUGAAAAGCACAGAAAUGUGGUCUGGUGAAAGGAAAGACUGGCCUGACAGGCCUUUACCUCGUAGGCAGCAGGAUUUUUACUCAGUUUGACGCAGCGUGCAGGGCUCUGAAAGCAGGACCUGUGCCACCCUGGCGUUUUGGUGGGCUACUAUGGCUCAAGGUGCUCAGACAGUCCCAUUGAUGCCUGAGUUGGAUAUGAGUGGGAAUCUGGACUGUUGAUUCUGAGUUACCAGAUGACCUCAUCCCCUCCCUUUGGUUCUGUGACUGGUAUACAGAAGUGCUGCCUGGCAGCAGAGCUGGUGUGGACCGUGCCCAUGCCUGGAGGACGAGAGGCUUUCUGAGUGUUUUGGUACUGGCUGGGCUGCUGUGUAAAGCUGAGAAUGGCCCAGUGCCUCAGUCCAGCCUCCUGGGAGGAUGAGGAAGAGGAGGCUGCGGCUGGGUAUGUGUUAAACAGGAGUAGUAGGUCUUUGCUUCUGAACAGGAUAGAGCUAUGCUCAAGGCUUUCAGGUUUGCAGCACCUGCUUCUUGAGUCUGGGGAACUUUCCCUGUUGAGCCAGCCCUGCAGCUCCACUCCCUGUCCCUUGCCCUUGAUUUCCUGACAGUAAAUCCUGUGUCCAUUUGUGACUGUUGGCUGUUUCUCUGAUCAUUGUUAAUUCCGUUUUCCUACUGUGAGGGUGUUGUGUUUGACUUUCUGACACAGCGAAUGGAGAGCUUGGGCUGAGGCCAGGUCUCCCAAACUUCUCCGCUAAGUAAACCAUAAUGUGUGACUUCCCUCCUACCUUGACUCUGCCUGACUUCUUCCUUGGACAUAGACACUCAGAUUUCAAAGAAAGUCCACAGUUUCCUCUGUAGAGUAUGGUCCCAGAGAGUCCCCCCUGUGUUGUGUGCAGCUGGGUGUGGUGCCUGCUGUGCAGGGAGCCAGUGGCAACACUGUGUUAACAGGGAUCACCACCAUCACCCGGCUUCCAGCAGGCUGGUCUCAGCUCAUCUUUCAGUUCUAUGUGUGCUCUGUUAGCCUUGGUGAUCAGGGCCAGGGUUUGCAGCUUUGAUAAACUACUUGGAGAUGGUGAGGCCACUUCCCUGCUACCUCCCUCUCUGGUGUGGCCACUUGGCUAAAGCUCCCAUCCGCAGCUGGGAUGUCUGAGCCACAGCCUGCUACACUGUUUCCCCUCUGGGAUCUUCUGAGUUACUUUUUUAGGCUGUGGUUUAGUGAAAGGAACCAACACAUUAACAAUCUCCCCAGAAGCCACUGAAUAAUUCUUGGCAUAUUUUCUCAGUGCCAUUGGCCGCCUGGUUUGGGAGCAGUUGUGGAACAGAGGACAGAUCGGUACCAUACAGAGGCAUGGGUUCGCUGUAGCUGCUCACAGUUUGCCUGUUCCUGGCGUGUGUCCUAGGUGUGUGCUAUACCUGCUGGGCCAGCUACACACAUACGUACCCUGCCCCUGGAGCAACGGCAUUAAUAUAGCACGGGUGUCUCUGGAAGUGUGAGGUAGAGUGUUCUAGGAAGUGUUCCUGAUAAGAUUUCCUUGUUCUCUAGGGCCCCCGUUGGGCUUUUGGCCCCUCCAGCAACUUUAUGCCCCAACCCCACUUUUCCUCCCAUUCUCUGUCUGCUAGUCUCUGAAGCCUUUAACCAAAUGGGAAUGGGUACAGAAAGCCUUCUCCUGGCAACUUAGGGCAACAGGACAAGGGCUAUUGUGUGUCCAGCUCUGUUGGUCUCCUGGUGCUGAGAGGUGUGUCCAAGCAGAGUUGAUCAGCCCCUGCCUGCCCUGCAGGGCUGAAGCCAGGGGGAAGGUUAGUAGAGAGUACCCUAAAUGGGGUGAGGGUCCUUCAACAUCCAAGUGAGGAGGGGCUGUGGUGUGGCUGCAAGGUGAGACCCUGUCUCCUGCACCUGGGUAGGGCCAUAGGGGAUCUGGCUGCAAGGUGAGGCCUGGACUUGGAGAGCAAUCAGUCUCCUGGCCUCAGCAGGCAGCAGCCUUGGUGCCCACCCGUGCCCUGCGCAGUAUUUAUUGCUAAAUUAUUGUCCAGGAGGGGCGGCACUGGGCCUGGCCCCCCGGGUAUUUAUUGCUGUACAUAGUGUAUGUUUGUGAUAUAUAAGGUUUUCUUUAUUUUGUAUAUGAUCAAUAAACGCCUUUUAAAGAGA